AUGCCGAGAGAGCAGCUGGAAUGGCGUGAGCGAGCCAAGGGGUUCGUGGGUGGUGUCGUCUCGGGUCUCACGAAACUAGCGAUUGGGCACCCAUUCGACACUGUGAAAAUCCGCUUGCAAUGUGAUCCAGCCUCGUACCGCGGGCCGAUGGCAUGUCUCCGCUCCUUGGUCCAAAAUGAGUCGAUAUGGGCUUUGUACAAAGGUUGCAUACCACCAGCGUUUGGAUGGAUGGUCACUGAUUCGGUUUUGCUAGGAUCCCUGCAUACAUACCGUCGUAUGCUGAUGCGCUGGAGUCCACGCCACCAGCGGGACGGCAAGCUGCCCGUGGCAUACCAGGGCCUGGCUGGUGUGGGUGCAGGAUGGACCAAUUCGUUUCUUACUGCCCCUGUGGAGCUGCUAAAGACGAAGCUACAGAUGCAAAAAGAGACGUUUUCGUCGUACGGCAAAGCGCAUGGCGCCGAGUUCUCCAGCACAUGGGACUGUGUACGACAAGUCGUUCGAUAUACGGGUGUGCGUGGCUUGUGGCGCGCCCUACCGGCGACGCUCCUAUUUCGCACGAGCUUUGGGCCGAUGUUUGCGUCGUACGAGGUGUUUCAGCGUCAGCUCGGGGCAUGGGCGUCCAAGCAUCGGGAAGAUGCGUCUUGGAUGUAUGCAUGGCUCCUGUCGCCUGCGAGUGUCACAUUCUUUGCGGGUGGCUUGGCAGCUGAGGUAUUUUGGUUUACGGCAUACCCUGCGGAUGUGAUCAAAAACCGGAUUAUGGCCGUUUCUUUGCACGAACCACGGUACGCUAGCGGCACCCGAGGUAUGUGGCAGGCGGCUGUCGAGCUGUGGACGCCGCCUAACAUGCGUGAGUCGGAAUGUGGGGUCCUUGGCUUGCCACGACGAUUGCGCCGCAUAUAUACGGGGUACCUUACAUGUGCACUGCGGGCCUUCCCGACGAAUGCAGGCGCAUUACUUGCAUUUGAGACGGCUAUGUAUUUGAUGCAACAUCGCUGA